AAUUUCUCUAUGACUCAUUAGUCUGAACGAUUUAUGUACGAACUUAAAGUGCCGCAAUGAAUAUUAGAGUUUGGGAUAACAACAAAUUAAAAAAAAAAUGUCAUAGCGUUUGUAAAGUGCUUUAUUGCUACUUAGCAACUCUUUCAAGAAGCAGCAUAGUUUAAAGGACUGUGGCAGCGUAAAAUAUGGUGGCGUGACUUAAUAGCUCCAAAAUAAAUAACAGAAAGUCGCCGGCACCAUUUUCCGAUACACGCUCCAUAUUUAACACGAGUGGGGCAACCCAGUCACGACACGCUUGAUCGAUGAUUAUUGCCGUUUGUAACACGACUAUUGAUUAGGGCUCAAACCGGCUAAGGUAUGAGUUUGAGCCUAAAAUGCCAGGGGGUUCCCCCUGUGCUGGAGCCGAGCGGAGGGGAAGGUAGAGCUGGGAAUAACCCCAGGCAGCAGCGCCCGGGCUCUGCGAUUGCGGAUUGAACUUUCCAUUUUCUUUUGUGUUUGCCAGUAGAUUUUAGCAGUCAGCGCUCUCAAAUUUAUGAGACGGCAAUAAACAGCUUAGUAGGCUAUUAUUGCAUGAUUUUAUGUAGACUGGAGUUCAACACCAAAUUUAAAAUUAUUAGCGUAAUUACGGAACUACUAGAUUACCAGAGCAAAGUCUCUGCUCGAAAAGUUCCUCCAAGACAGACUUAAUAUUUCCAAGGCUCAGAUGGCACCCUUCCGCAAGAACUGUGUUAUUUAAUUAUUAGCAUUUACAUUUACUGGCAAUUUUAAGAUGCGUUAGAUGGGGUUUAUUAGCGAGAGUGAGUACGGGGGGUACAUUAUUAUAUCUGACAAAUUCAUAUGUAAACGUGAUUCAGUAAGUGGCAUGCGAAUAAUCUGACUAUUGUCUUUUUGGAUUGCGCAAUAUUGUUUAUUUUAGGGGAAGAGAAGCUGUCCAGUUUUUUCCUCCUUCAAUGGCUCCCAGUGUGGUUGUGUGUUUUUUGGUUUUGGUUUUUAUUUAAAAAAAAAAAAAAGGCUUUGGGCCCGAUCCCGCUUCAGUGAGGUCAAUUGUUAGUCUUUUAAAUCGCAGUGGUGGCAGGAUCGGGCCCCGGCUAACCGUUUGAAUAAAAGCCCAACCACAAUACGCGCCGCAUUUAAACUGGAUCCCUUCCCGCGUUUUAUUCAGCAGAGAUGAACACCACGACUUGUGUUUAAUGUCUGUUCUUGAUUAAAUGAUCCUAAACAAAGGUUUCCCAGAGGAAAAUAAAGCAGACAUUCAUGUAACAAGAGUUUGGAAUGACAAUAUUUCCAAACACUUGGAGACAGAAGGCAUAGCUGUCUACGGAAAAAAAAAAAAAAAAAAAAAAAAGAAAGAAAAAAAACACCCGACCAACAACCGCACACUUUUAUUUCUCAGCUCCCCGUGCUCUUCACCCGGGUGGGAACCCACGCUUCUCCGCGCCGGGAGCCCGCGCCCGCUCCAUCCCCGCCCGCCCCGCUCCGGGGAUCUCCCAGCAAACCAUGUAUUCCCUAUGAGGGAGCAAAAUACCUCCCCCUGCUCUCCCCGGUAAGGCACUGUUUGUUGCUUGUUUACAGGGAGCCCCGAAAAAGAGCCGCUGGGCUGGGGCGGUGGGAGCUGGGAGCGCUUCAGCCCAACUCCGCGCAGCUGGAGGAGGUCUGCUCGGAGAGGCCAUUGGAGGAAGAGCGCCACGUGACAGAGGGGUGCCAAUGUUAUUCUCCAAGGGUGUCAAGACCCUGUCAGUUUGCGAAAUAAAUAUUGGGAAACAACGAAAUGCAAAAAGCGACCUACUACGACAGCUCUGCAAUCUAUGGUGCCUACCCCUACCAAGGAGCAAAUGGUUUCACUUAUAAUGCGAGUCAGCAGCAAUAUCCUCCAUCUUCAUCUCUUGUGGAAACUGAGUACCACCGCCCCGCGUGCUCCCUCCAGUCCCCUGGCAGCUCUGUGCCCCACCACAAGGCCAAUGACAUCAGUGAGAGUUGCAUGAGGACCCUCCCCAGCCAGCCUCUCCAGCCCCCUGGCCUCACCGACCCGCAGGCCCCACCGCAGCCGCCUCCGGCCCAGCAGGCACAACCUCCACCUCCAUCCUCUGCCUCACCAUCUCAAAAUGCCAGCAGCAACCCUGCCCCAGCCAACCCCACCAAAAGCCCGGCUCUUAACUCGCCCACCAUGUCCAAACAGAUAUUCCCGUGGAUGAAAGAAUCUCGGCAAAACACAAAGCAGAAAAACAGCAGUUCCAGUUCAGGUGAGAGUUGUGCUGGUGAUAAAAGCCCCCCGGGGCAAGCCUCCUCUAAGCGAGCCCGUACAGCUUACACAAGUGCCCAGCUGGUAGAACUGGAAAAGGAGUUCCACUUCAAUAGGUACCUUUGCAGGCCACGAAGGGUAGAGAUGGCUAAUUUGCUCAAUCUCACAGAAAGACAGAUCAAAAUCUGGUUUCAGAACCGCAGAAUGAAAUACAAAAAGGAUCAAAAGGGCAAGGGCAUGAUGACCUCUUCAGGAGGACAGUCCCCAAGCAGAAGCCCUGUCCCUCCAGCUGCUGGGGGAUAUCUAAACUCUAUGCAUUCUUUAGUAAACAGUGUCCCCUAUGAGCCCCAGUCGCCUCCACCAUUUAACAAGCCUCAUCAAAACACCUAUGGCAUCCCUGCAUCGUAUACCGCUCCUCUUAAUAAUUGCCCACCUCCUCAAAAGAGAUACACGGGGACGGCAGCUGUGACACCUGAAUACGAUACUCAUCCUCUUCAAGGCAACGGUUAUGGGAAUCCACAUAUACAGGGAAGCCCCGUCUAUGUAGGGGGCAACUACGUGGAGACCAUGACCAAUUCUGGGCCUUCCAUCUUUGGUCUAACUCAUCUCCCUCAUCCUCCCUCUGCCAACAUGGACUACAGCGGGGCUGGGCCAAUGGCCAACAAUCACCACCACGGACCUUGCGAUCCGCACCCAACAUACACAGACCUUACCGCUCACCAUCCUUCUCAGGGAAGAAUUCAGGAAGCGCCCAAACUCACCCAUCUGUAAGAGACAGGAGUCACUAAGUGGAACACCAAGCCCCCAACUUUUGGAAAGUACUCACCCCUUCCCUUCUCUCUCUCCUCCCCCACCCCAUGUGCCCUUCCCUCCCCUUCUCGUUUCUUUUAUUCGUUUUGGUUUGUUUUGUUUCCUUUGGUAAAAGCGUUUUCUAGUUUAUGUGACGUAGCAAUAUUUGUUGCUUGAAUUGCUCUAUAGUUUCACUAGUGGAUAUUUAUCUUCUUGAACUGUAGCCUUGUGUCUCACUUUGGGAGUAUGCAGAGGCUUUAUACUUUAACUUCUACACUUUUAUCAAAACAGGGUAUAUGAACAAAUUUUCUAUAAAAGGAAUUCUUAAAUGUGAAUUUGUUCGUACAUGAUUGAUCCCACGGGGAAGCAAUUUUUUUUAUUGCACUUCUUUUAAAUAGCGAGAAAGACAUCAAAAGCGCUUGGACAGGGACUCCCUGGACAAUUAUUAAUACGUGUAAGUCUUUCAAUGUGUGUAUGCUGGUGAACAUUCAGAUUUAUUUAUUUUUUUUUUGCAAACAUUGAAUAAUCUAAGUGUUUAAAAUUUUAUUUAUCCCCAUUUGUUCAUAUUUAUAUAUAUAUAAAAAAAUCUGUACCCUGAAUAUUCAGGAAGUAUUUACCUGGCCAUAUGUUAGAUGGCAUAUCGGCACGCGUAGGGAAUAUAAUUUCAAAGGAAACUAUAACUCCUUUUCUUAAAAAUGGUGAUAAUGAUGAUGAUGAUGAUGCAAUAAAAUCUGGGAAAAAAGAUCACGGUUUGAAUAUUUUAUGCUUGUAACAUCCAGCUAGGUGGAAAGCGUGUGAAGCUGAAAAGGCUAGAUUUGUUUUCAAAGUUAUACAUUCCUUGCUGCUCACGUUCUGAAAAAAAAAAAAUAAA